AUGACGUUUUUGCAGACAUGGAAGAUGACAAUUAACUCUCUAAUGAUUUUGAAGUGUACACUGAACCCUUCGUCCACUUAUUACAUCCUCAGCAAUUCAUCACCCUCAUCAAACACACAACACACAACACACAACAAUGGCGACUGCACGGUGCAGCUCCUCCAUUCUUCUGAGGACCACGACCACCCUGCGACCGGCCUCAGCACCUCAUCAACAAAACCCUUCGUCCACCUACACCUCCAUUAUUCAUCACUCUCGCAAUCUAAUAAGCACUGCAACAAACAAGACAAUUCACACAACAACAAUGGCAUCGACGGCACGGUGGAGCACCUCCCUCUUAAGCAAAUAUUCUGUCCUCCGUCCGAGGACCCCGAUCCUGCCACCGGCCUUAGCACCUCAGCCACAACCCCCUCUAUCCACUUACAGCACCACUGUUCAUCACUCUAUUUCUCUAGGCACUGCAACAAUCAAGAAAAAACACGCAAAAAGGAGAGUGGAAGCUACCAUGGAAGAAAAGGAGGUGUCACUCGAGUUCCCCUUCUUCCGCGUCUACAAAGACGGCGGGGUACACCCAACCCCAACAACAAACUCCCUGUCUUGCUCUUCUUCCAUGGCAGCGGCUUCUGCGCCAGUUCCGCCUUCACCGAGGAAUACAGUAACCACGUCGCCGCCAUUGCCAACGAAGCCAAGGUCCUUGCGGUCUCCGUAGAGUACGCUAAGUUCCCGGCCCGAUCACCGCCCGAGUGCUACGAAGACGCCUGGAGAUCUCUCCAGUGGGUCGUGUCGCACAAGGGCGGGGAUGGACCAGAGCCCUGGCUUAACGACCUUGCCGACCUGCAGCGUGUUUUCAUCGCCGGAAGCGGCACCGGCGGUAACCUCUCGCACUGGGUGGCUAGCCUAGUGGGAAAAACAGUGUUACCGAGGGGUGUGAGUGUGGAGGGUGCGAUUCUGGUGCACCCUUUCUUUGGUGGAAUAGGGGACGAUGAUCAGUGGCUGUUCAUGUGCAAGGAGAAGAACGGGCCGGAGGAUCCGAGGCUGAAGCCGACGGUGGAGGAUUUACAGAGUCUUGGGUGUAAGAGGGUUUUGGUGUGUGUGGCGGAGAAGGAUCCUUUGCUGGUUGCCGGAAGGAACUACGUUACGGCGCUGAAGAAGAGUGGUUGGAGUGGAAGUGUUGAGCUCGUUGAGAAUCAGGGUUUGGGACAUUGCGAGCAUGUUUAUAAGCCGUAUGAAGACAGUUCUCGUGAGGUCUUGAAAAAGAUUGCUUCUUUUAUCAAUGAAAAGAAUUGCUGCUGUUAGCUUACUCAUGUUGACGUGGGACAAAUUGAAUUUAUGUUGGUUUCUUUGUUGUUUUGAAAAAGAUUGCUUCUUUUAGAAUAAGUGAGUUUAGGUCUCACUCAUAAUGCAUGGUGUGGUUAGGCGAUAUCAUGAUUCAUCACUUGCCAUUGCCAUGCACAUGUGCCUCCUUUAAUUAAUAUUUUGUUCGUCUAAAUACGAAAAUACUUGUCUUUCAAUUUUUA